ACUCCAUGGUUCCGCUCCCUCCCUCUUGGCAUUUGGCAGUUCCUGCUUCCUUCUCGAUUCCCCGUCGGAUUUUCAUGGAAAGUAUACGAAAUAGGUAGAUCAGACCGAGUAAGAGAAACCUUCGCUAGAAGGAGCGAGGCUUUUUUAUUUUUUUUCUUUGCGGUACUUUUAGCAAGUUGACAUUUGCUGGAUAUUUCUUGUUAUAAAACCAAUUAAAACAAGAAAAGAAGGACUUUCAGGUGAAAUCAAUGGCAUUUCCUCGAGGGAAUGUUUCUUUUCUUCUUCUCUUAACUCUUACCAUCCUGUUCGUCUCUUCCCAGGCCGCAUCUCUGGAGAAAGCCAUAUCAGGAAGAGGAGGAUAUGUCCUGGUUCCCUUUAGGAGGUCGGCUGCAGAGGGGCCAGUUGCCCUUUCUGGUAAUUCCAUCAACAAUUCCUCUUUUGUCUUGGCUUCGGAGAGAACAGAGAGAAGAGAUCCUCUGAACGAUUUCAAGGAUUAUACUGGGGGAUGGAAUAUCAGCAAUCGACAUUACUGGGCUUCUGUUGGUUUCACUGCUGCUCCUCUCUUUGGCAUCGCCCUUACGUGGUUCGUGGUAUUUGGAUUAGUUUUGAUAAUUAGCGGUUUCUGUUACUGUUGCUGCCAUCGUCCUAUACACCCCUAUUCUUACUCAGCUUAUGUAGUCUCUCUUACAUUGCUCAUCCUCUUCACCUUGGCUGCAAUCAUUGGAUGUGUUCUUCUUUACUAUGGACAGCAAAAGUUUCACAACAGCAGCUCAGAUACAUUGGAUUAUGUUGUUAGCCAGGCAAAUUUUACUGUGGAAAACCUUAGGGAAUUUUCUGGCAAUUUGUCAGCGGCUAAGAGGAUCAAAGUGACUAAUUUGCUUAUUCCAGGUGAUAUACAGAAUAGAAUUGAUGACAUUGUGAACAAAGUUAAUACCUCUGCGAAUGAUCUAGAUAGACGGGCAUCUAAAAACUCUAAAAAUAUCAGAGAUGUGCUGAACACUGUGCGAUUGAUUCUGAUCAUUGUCGCGGCUGUGAUGCUUCUGUUAGCAUUUCUGGGCUUUAUUUUAUCUAUAUUGGGAUUGCAAUUCCUCGUCUACAUCUUAGUUCUUAUUGGAUGGUUUCUUGUUGCGGCAAUGUUUAUCUUGUCAGGUGUAUUCCUUCUUAUGCACAAUGCCGUUGGAGACACUUGUGUGGCGAUGGAUGAAUGGGUGAGCCACCCCAAAGAACACACUGCUCUUGAUGACAUUCUUCCCUGCGUGAAUGCAGCCACCGCAAAUCAAUCCUUGUACAGCAGCCGUCAAGUAACCUUCAAGCUGGCUGACAUGGUCAAUAAUGUCAUCAAUGGGGUCUCCAAUCCUACAAACCCAUCCAUCUCCUUCAACCAGUCUGGGCCUUUGAUGCCAACACUUUGCAAUCCAUUCAACCAAGACCUGAGCAAUCGCUCUUGUGCUGCUGGUGAGGUGGUCUUGACUAAUGCAUCGCAGGUGUGGAGGAAAUAUGAAUGCAAUGUCACCAUUGUCAAUGGGGCUGAGAUCUGUAAAACUGUGGGCCGUGUAACUCCAACUCUCUACGAUCAGAUGAAUUCUGCUGUAAGUGUGGCUUAUGCUUUAUACCAUUAUUCUCCUUUCCUUGUUCAGCUCGAGGACUGCUCGUUUGCUAGAGAGGCAUUUAGGUCCGUAAGCCAUGAAAACUGCCCAAGUCUCAGAAAAUACACAAACUGGGUCUUCAUUGGCCUUACGCUCGUUUCAGCUGCUGUGAUGUUGUCGAUCAUUUUCUGGGUCAUCUACGCUCGUGAAAGACGGCAUCGUAUGUAUAACAAGCAACAGAUUUUUUAUGAGGGACGAGAUCCAGUGGCAGGCAAGCCUUGAUGAGGGAAAAUUAUUAGCUGCAAGCACCGAACGUAGAGAUACGUCCGGACAUCCACUUAAAAUUUGACACGUGGAGUGGACACGUUUGAUUUAUUUUUUUACUUUAUAUAUUUAAUGUGUAUGAGAAACUUUAAGCCAAGCAUAGCCAAAACCCAGUAAAAAGCACAACAAAAGAACAGUCAAAGCGCAGUAACAAAGUGCAACAAAAGAGCAGUCAAAGCACAACUAAAGUGCAGAUAAAACGCACAAAAAGUGCAACCAAAGUGUACUUCACGUGUCAAAUUUUAAGUUGAUGUUUGGAUUUUGCACCUAAUUAUUUUCAACAAGUCUGGUCAUGUUGUGCAGUUAUGUUAUUGUAAAGAAUUAUUUUUUAUGGUGUGUUUGUUGGGUUUUUUUUUAAUGUAUUAAAGGUUUUUUAAGGGUUUGUGUUGUAAGCAUUUUGGCGAUUACAGAAUGGCUUAGAUAGGAAUUAUGUACUGAUGCUUAUUGAAUUUUUGUUUGGGGGUAGAAUUGU